CCUGGGGUGCCUGCCGCUUGCCUGCCCUGGUGGGCAUAGCUUCACCGAGGACAGGGGCUGGCUCAGCAACAGGAUUGGUGUGCGGGUGUGGCCAGAUGUGUCAUGGGCACUGUGGUCGGGGCCCUUCUUGUAAAAACGCCGAUAUGACAUCCCCAUGACAACGUGAGGCCUAGCCUGCCACAUCCUGUGCCCUUGACUGGCUGUAGCCCUCCGUGUCCCCGCCGCUGGCCAGAUCUGCAUCAUGUCUCCCACGCUGCCCGUUCUGCUCUGCCUCGAGCUGUGUCUGAGCCAGAUGGUCAUCACCCCGAAGCAGAACCUGGCUCGGCCCAUCAUCUGGGCUGAGCCCGCGGUCCUGAUUCCUAACGGACAGCCAGUGGCCAUCUUUUGCCAGGGUGCCCCCGGGGCCAUGGAGUGCCAGCUAUCCCUCGAAGGGAGCAUGUCUGCCCUGGGGAAAGCAGAACUGCCCCAGGGCAAGAGAAAAGUCAAGUUUCUCCUGGAGGCUGUGACCUCACGCACCGCUGGGCGGUACAGCUGCUCCUGCCGCUAUGGGGCACUCUGGUCAGAACCCAGCAAGCCCCUGGACCUCAUGGUCACAGGACUAUAUGACACACCCUCCCUCUUGGUUCUGCCGGCACCUGUGGUGGCCUCCGGGGAGAACGUGACCUUCAGCUGCCGAAUGGCCACAGGCACGGGCACCUUCCUCCUGCUCCGGGAGGGGCGGCCCGGCCACACUCAGGCCAGACCCAGGACUGCACAGGCCGAGUUCCCACUGGGCCCUGUGACCACAGCGCACAGAGGGAAAUACAGGUGUUAUGGCUCCUAUAACGAGCACGUGUGGUCCUUCCCCAGUGAGCCCGUGACGCUCCUGGUCACAGGAGAUGUGGGAGACAGCAGCCUGGAACCCUUGGGCCCCCCCAGCACCCCAGCAGCCUCCGGGGAGCCCAGCCUUGGAACCAUGAGGCAGGAACUCCCGCAAGGCCCGGCUGUCUGGGACCACACCACCCACAACCUCCUCCGGCUCGGCAUGGCUGUCCUGAUCCUGGUGGCCAUGACAUGGCUCGUGGCUGAAGACUGGCGCAGCAGGCGGAGGGCACAGGGGAGUGUGGGGCACAGGCGAAGCCUGGGACAUCACUGAUGCCCAGGGCAGGGGUGGUG